AAGUACGCUCUGUUUUUUCUAAUAUCCUUUAAUUUGCCAGAUAACAACAAAUUAAGGAUCCACGAAUCUUUGCUUUACAAGUAACUUGUUCGAAAAUGGGAGGGGAGAAUGAUAAUGAACCGAAAAAUUCUUAUAUCGACUUUCUUACUGCUAUAGGUCGAACUUUAGAGGGCGGAGUACAAUGGGUCAGAGAGUCCAUUGUGGAGCCCAACCAGAAGAAGUCUUACUGGUACCAUCGUCAGUUCCGCCGAGUGCCCACCAUUGAUCAAUGCUACACCGAUGAUGUUGUGUGCAUCUAUGAAGCUAAUGCACAGUUCAAAAGAGACAAGUUGGUUGAUGAUCAAAUCCUUGCCAUCCUGAGACGUCGUCAGGAGGACUGUGCCAUCUUUGAGGGUCCUGACCGCAUUAAGAGAUGUGCACCCAUCAGGGAGGAAUACGAGAAGGCAGCUGCUGACUGGUUUACAAAGUACGGAGACCUUGGGUACUACAAGAAUGCCCAGUCCUGCUACAUGAAGCAGAAGCACCGCAUGAUCUGGGAGCGGCGCCACGGGCCUGUAGGCAGUGGCAUGAGGCCCAGGUCUGAGUGGGGCACACCUUACGAGGCACCCGAGUCCCAAUAGAAAAACAGUACUCUUCAGAUUCUGUACUGCGAUGGUUGAGCUCCACAGUUACUUGUCUUUUUGCUUUCUCAUAAUAAUGAGGCGUAUUUGGCACUAAUUUUGCUCCCCAAGUUGAACACCAUGGAAGAAUUUUAUUAAUUGUUUUAAUUACUCCUAAUAAAUUCUAUAACACGCCUGAUAAAAAAAUAUAGACAUACCUCACCACUCACUCAACAUUACUAUUCAGUACACAAUUUUCAGUUGUCACGUAACUACUGAAAUGAACAGGAUAUUGCCUCUCAGUAUAUUGUUGCAAAACGAGUAUUAGAUUAUCAACGCAUGCUGUAUUGCCUGGAAUUGGGAUGCUUAUAACUUAGAUUUCCUCUUACUUGCUCCAUAUUGAUUACAAAUAUUGAGCUCUGACAAGUUUUUCUAAUUUGUUCUGAAGAAGACCGCAUAAAAUUUGAUAGUCGCAAGUAUUGAUCUUUGAAUAUUAUUUAAAUGUUUGCAAUUUGUUUUUUGCAAUUGUGGUUCUCCACUUUAUUGGCAAUAUUUCAAAGUUUCCUUGUAAUAUCUCAUGGGGUUAGCGCGCUUCACAGGAUUUUCAACUCGUCCAAUCAAAACGGCGUGCUUUACCAUUAAAGUUUGGUUGGACCAUGAGCGCUUUUGCUGUAAAUAUAUAUUCAUAAGACCGUU